UUUUAUCUGGAUUACUCUGCCAAUGGUGAACUGGUCGUUACUCCUAAUUUUGACUGAAUUUGAACAACAGGAUAGCAGUUUUGGGUUGUGACAAACGCCAGCACUACAGGAACCACAGUUUCACAGUGAAGAGCCGCUGCUUUCACAAGUUCUGAAACUACCAGCCAGUCUUCCUUGAAUUUUGGUGUGUGUGAGUCCUUGGUGGAGGUUGCAUAUAUACAUGUUUUCAUGAAGAGAAGUGAGAAGCCAGAAGGUUAUAGACAAAUGAGGCCUAAGACUUUUCCUGCCAGUAACUAUACUGGCAGCAGCCAGCAGAUGCUACAGGAAAUACGAGAGAGCCUCAGGAAUUUACCUAAACCAUCAGAUGCUGCUAAAGCUGAUCACAGCAUGGGCAAAAUGCUAUCUGAAGAUCCUAGACAAGGCCGAAAUCCCCCCAAAUUUGUAACAUAUCAUAAAGUUUUGCAGGAGAUAAGAAACUCACUUCUGCCUUUUGCAAACGAAACAACCUCAGCCGUCAAAGGAACAUCAGAAGUUAAUCGACAAAUGCUGCAAGACUUGCAAGCUGCUGGCUUUGAUGAGGAUAUGGUUAUACAAGCUCUUAGACAAACUAACAACCGUAGUAUAGAAGCUGCUAUCGAAUUUAUAAGCAAAAUGAGCUACCAGGAUCCUCGUCGGGAACAGAUGGUUGCAGCAGCAGCAAGACCUGUAAAUGCAGGUAUGAAACCACCAGGGACUGUACAGCAAUCAGUUAACCGCAAGCAGAGCUGGAAGGGUUCUAAGGAGUCCUUGGUUCCUCAGAGGCAUGGGCCUUCCCUGGGAGACGGUGUAGUUUAUCGCUCAGAAAGUCCCAGCUCUCAGCCUGAUGUAGGAAGGCCUUUAUCUGGAUCUGGCAUUGCAGCAUUUGCUCAGGCUCAUCCUGGCAACGGGCAAAGAGUGAAUCCCCCACCUCUACCACAGAUAAGGAGUGUCACUCCUCCUCCUCCACCUCCUCGAGGACAGACACCCCCUCCAAGGGGAACUACUCCUCCACCUCCUUCCUGGGAACCAAACUCUCAAACAAAGCGUUACUCUGGAAACAUGGAAUAUGUGAUCUCUCGUAUUUCUCCAGUGCCACCAGGAACAUGGCAGGAUGGUUAUCCACCUCCACCUAUGAAUCCUCCACCCAUAAAUUCUUCCACGCAGGGUCAGAGGGGCAUGAGUGCUGUCCCCAUUGGCAGGCAACCAAUAAUCAUGCAGAGUUCUGCCAACAGCAAAUUUAGUUUUCCCUCAGGAAGAGCUGGAAUGCAAAAUGGCAGUUGUCAGGCAGAAUUCAUAGUUCACCAGAACGUGGUGUCUGGGAACUCAGUGAGUCGCCAGCCACCCCCAUACUCCAUGAAUCCAACUAACAGGCAAAGUCCCACAGCACUACAGAUGCAGGCAGGAGGAUCUGUUCCUCCUUCAGCAUACACCAAUGGGAAUCUUCCUCAGGCAAUGAUGGUGCCAAAUAGAAAUAGUCACAACAUGGAACUUUAUAAUACAAAUGUAGCUGGAAUACCUGCGUCCUGGUCACAGCCUUCCCCUGUGCAACCACAGUCAUCGCCUGGCAAUGGGCAUGACAUGCCUACAUGGCAACCCAAUGUUCCUGUGCGGUCAAAUUCUUUCAACAACCAUCAUGGAAGUAGGCAGAGUCACUCUAGCAGCUCUCAGCCUUCAGCUACGACAGUAACAGCUAUAACGCCAGCUCCCAUUCAGCAACCCGUAAAAAGCAUGCGUGUGUUAAAACCAGAGCUACAGACUGCAUUAGCGCCCACUCACCCUUCCUGGAUGCCACAACCAGUGCAAACCGUUCAGACCAUUCCCUUCUCUGAGAGUCCGUCUACAAAUAUGGCCGUUAUGUCUCCUGUUGCAGAGGUUCCAAAUUACCAGGGUCCCCCACCACCUUACCCAAAACACUUAUUACACCAGAAUCCCUCCAUCAAUCUGUAUGAGACGGGACCCAAGCUCAACAAGGAGGAACCACCUAUUUUAUCCAAGGAGGAUGAGAAUGAAAAGAAUUAUGAAUGUGUUGAUUCAACAGAUAAAGAAAAGAAACAAAUUACAACAUCGCCUGUUCCUGUUAGAAAAAACAAGAAAGAUGAAGAAAGAAGAGAGUCUCGCAUUCAAAGCUAUUCCCCUCAGGCCUUUAAAUUCUUCAUGGAGCAGCACGUGGAGAAUAUACUCAAGUCACAUCAGCAGCGUUUGCAUCGGAAAAAACAACUAGAGAAUGAAAUGAUGCGGGUUGGAUUGUCACCAGAAGCCCGAGAUCAAAUGAGGAAAAUGUUGUGCCAGAAAGAGUCUAAUUACAUUCGGCUAAGAAGAGCUAAAAUGGACAAGUCGAUGUUUGUAAAAAUUAAAACCCUGGGAGUUGGUGCAUUUGGAGAAGUUUGCCUAGCAAGAAAAGUGGAUACUAAUGCUUUAUAUGCAACAAAAACUCUGAGGAAAAAAGAUGUAUUGCUUAGAAAUCAAGUUGCUCAUGUUAAAGCUGAGCGGGAUAUCCUUGCAGAAGCUGAUAAUGAAUGGGUGGUUCGCCUGUACUAUUCAUUCCAAGAUAAGGACAAUUUGUACUUUGUAAUGGACUACAUUCCAGGAGGUGAUAUGAUGAGUCUCCUAAUUAGAAUGGGUGUCUUUCCAGAAAAUCUGGCACGGUUCUACACAGCAGAACUGACCUGCGCAGUUGAAAGUGUUCAUAAAAUGGGCUUCAUCCACAGAGAUAUUAAACCUGAUAAUAUCUUGAUAGACCGUGAUGGUCAUAUUAAAUUGACUGACUUCGGGCUCUGUACAGGUUUUCGAUGGACCCACGAUUCAAAAUACUACCAGAGUGGUGAUCAUGCACGUCAAGACAGUAUGGAUUUCAGCAACGAAUGGGGUGAUCCAGCAAACUGCAGGUGUGGAGAUCGGCUGAAGCCACUUGAACGUAGGGCUGCACGUCAGCAUCAGCGCUGUCUGGCCCAUUCCCUUGUUGGCACACCCAAUUAUAUUGCGCCGGAAGUGUUGUUACGAACAGGUUACACACAGUUGUGUGACUGGUGGAGCGUUGGAGUAAUUCUCUUUGAAAUGUUAGUGGGGCAGCCUCCAUUCCUGGCACAAACACCACUGGAAACACAAAUGAAGGUUAUCAACUGGCAAACUGCACUUCAUAUUCCACCUCAAGCUAAAUUGACUCCAGAGGCCUCCGACCUUAUUAUUAAACUCUGCCGAGGGCCAGAAGAUCGUUUAGGCAAAAACGGUGCGGAUGAAAUAAAAGCUCAUCCAUUCUUUAAAACAAUUGAUUUUUCAAGCGAUCUACGGCGGCAGUCUGCUUUCUACAUUCCCAAAAUUGCUCAUCCUACGGACACGUCAAACUUUGAUCCAGUUGAUCCAGAUAAAUUGUGGAGUGAUGAUGACAAGGAAGGGAACAGAAACGAUACACUUAACGGGUGGUACAAAAAUGGAAAACAUCCUGAACAUGCUUUUUAUGAGUUCACCUUCCGAAGGUUUUUUGAUGACAAUGGCUAUCCAUACAACAAUCCAAAGCCCAUUGAAUAUGAGUAUGGUACUUCCCAAAACUCAGAACAGCAGUCAGAUGAUGAUGAUGAUGAUGAUGAUGAACAGGCAGGUAGAGGAGUUCAAAAUCGUGACCUGGUUUAUGUUUAGUAGAGGAAUAAAGAUUAAAAACUAAAUAAACUUACUUUGCAGCUGCAAUUUUUGAAAAGUCUGUUCUCUUAAGAGAAUUGAGAGAAGAUUGCUAGGGUAAAUACAUGCACACUUUUUUUUUUUUUAACACUAAGAAAAUUGUGUCUUUUCUUUUCCUCUUUUUACAUUUUGUUUCCUCCAGAAUACAGGGAAAUCCUUCUCAAAUAUUAAUUUAUUCCAGCAUUGUUGAUUGUUAAUUUAGAAGAGAUUUGAUGUUAGGUGAAAAAAAAUACCACUUGAAUUUUAUUAUCGGUUCUCUGUACUCUGAGUACUCAAAAUAGGAAAUAGUGAUGAUUUUUUUUUCCCUAAGAUGAUGCUUGCUAUCUAUUUGUACAUAUACUGAAUAAUUUUAGAAAACAAAUCUCUGCUUCAGAAUUUUUAAUGACAGUUUUUCCUUGCAUUGACCAAAUAUAAAACCUUCUUUACACUAAUAAAACGCUCUGAUACAUUUCUAAAGAGAGGAAAAAAAAAAAAGGCUGCUGUACCCUCACUUCUCACUGUAUUUAGCCUAAUUAUUCACAGCGUUGGAAAAACUGAGCCGUCUAUCUGGUGAAAUGUUUCCAGCUGCUGUGGUAGUGGGCAUAGUUCUCAGCUUUGGAACAAGAAAGUGUCAGUCUUGGCUACAGUACGACUGUAAAGUGAUAAAGCAUUAGAACUAAUAUUUUAUUAAAUAGUAAUUGAAUUUGACAUGAGUAAUGCUGUAGCGUGUGACUGGUACUCUCAAAGCAGAAGGACUGCUCACUCGGAAACAACUUGAUUGUCUCCUGUUGUCGGUUCUCCUAUAGUUACGAGAGGAAAAGAGCUUCAGGAAAAACACUUUCUGAAAUCUAGUUUAAUUUUCUGACUGCAACCAAACUGUAAAGUGUGUACAGUUCUGCUUUAGUUGCAAUUUUUAGUUUGAAAAAUAAAUUUUAGAAUAGCUUCUUUAUUAUGUGCUUGAGACAGUAAUGGGAAAAGAUUAUAAAUUAUGGCUUUUGGGACUGUUGUUGUGGAGACCAGUUUCACUUGGCUUUAACAGUUUUCCUCCUAGUUAGGCAGGCAGUGAGGAGAAAUGUCAUGCACCGAUCCAUCUGAGCCGUCAGUACAGUUUCAGUGGUCUGUCUUUUACAGCCCAGUUCAGAACAGAAUUAGGAACUUAGGGCUGUGUCUGCUGCCUCCUGCGUUACUGUUUUCAUAGUUUCCCGCUGCAGGUGAGCAGGCGUCCCCUUGGGUCUCAUGGUAGGGAGGGUACUGAGCCCGUUGAGGUCACUGAGAGCGGGGCAACCCUCUAAGCAGCUUCCCUGAGACAAGAUCAGGAGUUACAGGUGAGAGGCAGAAAGAAUUGCGUUUUUUAUCUCUCUCUCCUCCUUUCUCCUGAAGCUAACACAGUGGUAAAUAAAAUGCACUAUUUUUAGUAAUCUUCGUGUCUUUUAAAACAUUUCCUCCUCCUUGGAAUUGAAUUCCAAUGGAUAAUAAUGUGCCUGUAAGCGUUACUGCUUUCUUAAAUUAUUAUUUGUGCCAUUGCACUGGCAUUGUGACUAUCUAAACAUCAUGAAAUUGGUGUUCAUAGCUGUUCUUGCAGCAAACACCAGUUACUAGUUUACUUUUUUCACCAAGCUGGUUUAAGAAAUUCUUGUGCGCUUCCGGCCAUUCGUUCCCUUUCUGUGCUCCAGUUCAGUGUCUCUCUGUGUGCCAGUGCAACUGUCUAUAGUACUGUGCUAAAUACUGGAUCAGUGGAAAAAAACUGCUUGGUGUUUAGCGUUUGGAGAUCUAUUUCUUGUAAGUACGUUCGGGUGAUCCAGUUUCCAGCGUGGUCCAAAAAGUGGUUUAUAUUGGCAUAACUGAGGAAGGAGUGAACUGCAGUAAAGAGGGUUGGCAGCGUGGAAACUUCUUAAACGGACUUUGUCACGGGAGAAAACGUUUGUGGAAGUUCACCCCUCUACUGUGAAGUGCUUAUCAUGGUUAGAAGAUGGUUAUGAAAAAUUGUUUCCUUUUCUCAAGCAGGUGGUUAGUUACUUUCUAUGAUGAAAAUGGGUUUGUAGCUUGAUAAAACAAUUCAUGUUCUGUCUUCCUGUUCCACAGCUGUUGAAAUGGAAUAGUUUUAAAGAUUCAUUUCAUUUAGCUUAAAUAUUAUAAAAUGGCUGCCGUGUAUAACUACUCCAUUUUAUAUAUUAUGUAAAAAAGAUUGUUUUCCAUGUAAAUAAACCUUUAAAGAUUAUCCUCCUUCAUAGUAAGUAUCCCAGUAAAACUGGUCUACUUGUCUUGGAGUAAAGUAUAAUAUAUUACUGGUUAAAGGUGAUUUAAUCAAGCCUGCCUUACCAUUUGUGAAGUGUGCAGAGAAAAUAAUGUCAAUUCUUCAUUAAAUUGACUGUUAAAAUUGCCUUUUUAUCUGAGUAUGUUUCUCCUCUGCCUGCAUUGUAUUAUGUUAUAUUCCUGUUUAAUGCUAUAACUGGUCAUUAACCAAUGUGUUUAAAAAAAAAAAGAGGGGGGGGGAAGUCUGUAAAGGCACCAUGGUUCUAUACAAGCAAAAACAAUUGCUUUUAUGAAAGGAAAUUAUUGAGUCUUUUAAGGACAUGUGCAAGUACUGAAAUACUAAAUAUUAUUUUACCAUUUUAAACAAAUAUAGGAAGAGCUCACAUCUUUAGAAUUUGGUAGAUGCUUCUAGCAUUUUCUGUUAUCUUGUGUUAGAAGUUGUAAUGUACCUUGUUUGAAUUUUGCCACCUGUAUGCUGCAGUAUUAUAUAUUUCCUUGCAAAAAUGCAAUGUGUUACAGGCCAAGUUCUCUGAGAAAGUUAGUUAUAAGUAAAUGUUGUCACAACUCUCCAACAUGCUAUGCCUUACCCAUGUUUUGAAACGUCACGUUUCAUACAUAGAUUCAGAGUCUGUUGAGAUUCUUCAUAGCUGCUGCUUAAAACAUGGGUAUUUCACUGGUGCCCCAUGAUGGGGAUUGGUUUGUACAGGCAGUUGAGAAGAGAGGCUCCUAACCAGCAGCUGUGGAAUUCUGCAGUAAGUUUUAGUUCAGGUUACUUUCACUUUGUAAAGCAUGAAAAUAAAUUUCUCUUUUAUGAGCCCUUGUAUGCAUAGUAAUUGUAUUUAUAAAAUGUUCUAUAAUCCCAUAACGGUACUGUAAAUACUAUUUGAUACUCAGUGGCAUUCUAUCGUAGGGCAGGCCCUCUUGCUGUAUCUUUUCUAUCCUCAAUUUGUAAUAGAAUCUAUAGAAUAUAUGGCUAGAAAGUCUGUUUGAGACCGACAUAUCUUCUGCUGUUGCAAAGCUGUGAGUGGGAAUGAUUUAUUUAGACUCCUUUUAAUAUUAUUCAGCUAAUAGGCAGUGCAGUGGGUGGGUUCUUAGACGAUGCUGCUGUCACCCGAGAUACUAUUAGGCUUUGGUUUCAGAUGUCUUUGGUGUUUCAGAUCAGACCUUUAAUCUACUUGCUUUAAUUCAGCCAAAGCAAAAAGAUAAUAAAUUGGGUCAAUGUCAUAGUAAAAUGUUGGAAUGCCUUAAGAUGCUCUUGAUAAAGGCACUGUUCAAGUUUACUGAUUUAUAUAUAUAUCUAUAUAGAUAUAUAGAUAUAUUCCAUAUGUGUAUAUGUAUAUAUAAUGUCUUUUUUGUAUUAUAAAUAUCUUUCUGACUGUCGGUUCUUUUGGCUCCUCUAAUUAAAUACAUAGACCACC